GGGCUCGUGCGGCCGUCUCCCAUUAACAACUGCCCCAACCGCUCUUCCCGCCGUAGUCCCCGUGAAAAUGUGGAGAGGGGCGUCGUCCGUACGUCCGUACGCCUGCGCUCCAGAGCAUGGGAGGGGCCGCUCCGCGUGAGCCGCCCUGGGAAUACUGAAUUUAAUCACCUCCCAUUCCAGAGUAUGCCAGGUUUUAGCGGUAGGAGGAAUCAUGGAUGCACCGCCCCUUUCCCCUUGAGGGGCGGGGCAGCAGGCCGUGACGCCAUCAAAGGGCGUCGGAGGAAAGACGGUGCGCCAGUUGGAGAUGUUGGAAUCACUUUUGGCUGUUGGCGGCUUGGUGCUGCUUCGGGACUCUGUGGAGUGGGAGGGCCGCAGUCUCUUGAAGGCGCUAAUCAAGAAGUCUGCGCUGUGUGGAGAGCAGGUCCACAUCCUUGGCUGUGAAGUGAGCGAGGAAGAGUUUCGCGAAGGAUUUGACUCCAGUAUCAACAGCCAGCUGGUUUACCAUGACCUCUUCAGAGACCCUCUCAACUGGUCAAAGACUGGAGAAGCCCUUCCUGGGGGACCCCUGGGAGUCUUGAGAGCGAUGUGCAGGAAGACACGUCCUGGUUCUGUCACCAUUGCUCUUGAUUCACUUAGCUGGCUGCUGCUUCACCUUCCCUGCACUGCACUCUGCCAGGUCCUGCAUGCUCUGAGCCAUCAGGACUCCCGCCCUGGUGAGACUCCUCCUUCGUUACUUCCCCUAAUACAUCUACCCCUGCCAGGCGACAGCUCCCCAGCAGAACACGUGCGUGUGCUGGGCCUGCUACAUGAAGAGCUUCACGGCCCAGGCCCCAUGGGAACAUUGAGCACCCUUGCUCAGACUGAGGUGACCCUGAGUGGUACAGCAGGCCAGGCCUCAGCUCACAUUCUCUAUAGGAGGCCCCAACAGCGCCCAACACAUGAGACUCAUUGGUUCUCCAUCCUGCCUGACUUCAGCCUGGAUCUCCAAGGGCUGUCUCCCGUAAAGUCCCAGCCCCGCCCAGAUCCUCUUACGCCCCCGAUGGAUCCUGCUACUCACUUGACCUUUAACCUUCACCUGUCCAAGAAAGAGAAGGAAGCCAAAGAUAACCUGACCCUGCCCUUCCAGUUCAGCUCUGAAAAACAGCAGGCUCUACUGUGCCGUGGUCUAGGCCAGGCUACCAGCCACAUCUUCUAUGAGCCAGAUGCCUAUGAUGACCUGGACCAAGAGGACCCAGAUGAUGACCUAGAUAUUUGACUGGCCAUGAGAUUUGACUAGACUAAUUGGCGGGGGCAGGGGGGAUCUUGGGUUAACCAUCCUUCCAUUGUUCAAGGUGGCCUUACCCUGUUCCUGUUCCAUCUUUGUUUCCUAUAUCUCUGGAGCUCCUUCCCUAUGACUCAUGAGCCAGAGAGCAGUAUCCAGUCAGGACAAAAGGUGGGAUGGGAGUAGAGAGGAAGGUGAGAGACUAGGAAAUCUGCCCCUGAAGUCGAAUAAAGUUCGUUGCUUUUAAUUAAAAAAUAAA